UCGGAUGAAGUGACAAGAAAAAAAACUGAAUACCAGAAGUACCUAGAGUUGUACAAAUUAAUGAGAUGUAAAUUUGAGGAGCAUUAUGUUAAAUCUGGUCGCGGCGGCAGAAAACUAGAUGAGGUCAGGGAUAAAUACCAAAAAGCUUGUAGGAAAUUACACUUAACCCAUAACGAAUAUGUCUUAUUGCUGUGUGAAGCCGCGGAAUUUGAAAAGGAUUUCAGGACUGUCUUACUUCCUGGAUUAUUGGAGCAUCAGCAGUCGCAGCAGGAAGCAUUCAUUUCUACGUGGAAACAGAUACUGAAUGAUAUAGCAAGUAACUCGGACCUAACUUCGGAGAAAUUCAAAGAGAUCCAAAAGAGAAUAGAAGUUAGUAUAGAGUUGAUAAAACCCUGUGAUGAAUAUAAAGACUUUACAGAAAAACACAAGACAACUCCUACAGAACCUGUAAAAUUUACAUUUGAUGAGAGCUUGGUGGAGGAUUCUGCUGGAAAACUCUUACCCAACCAGCUCACGGUAGAUAACCUUACGGUGGAGUGGUUGAGGACCAAACUCAACGAUUUAGAAGCUAGCAUUAAGGAGAACCAAGAGAAAAGGACGACGAUUACUAGCAGCCAUGAAGGAGUAGUCAAUGGAAAAACCACCCCAAACAGUGAAGUGAAUAACCGGUUAUCUUCCAGUAGUAUAGAUCUGUCUAAGAAAGAGAUAAACGAGUUGAAAUGUCAAGAAAGAAAAAUGCAGAAACAAACCGACCUCAUUAAAAGUGCUUUAAACGAGUUGGGAUGUGAGGAGGCUCCGGCGGCUUGCGAUCUCUCAAUUGACAAUCAAACUUUCAUCAGCAACUCUCCCGAACAGGGCAAUGGUUCCGAAAGUGCGCUGAGUAAACGCAGCAUUUUCGAGCGUCAGAGGAUAGUUAAUAUGUUACGUAAACCGUUUAGGCGAAAAUCUGCACCCUCUUCCCCCAUUGCUCCGCCGCGCACUAAGGGCAGGAGGGACUCCGCCCCGCGCAGCGAAGGCGGAGAACCUGUCUCAGCCACUGCAAAUAAGUCAUUAGUAGACGAGGAAUGGUUCCAUGGAGUGCUCCCGAGAGAGGAGGUUGUGAGGCUGCUGACGCUAGACGGAGACUUUCUUGUUAGGGAAACUACCAGAAAUGACGAGUGUCAAACGGUUCUCUCCGUUUGCUGGGGAGGACAUAAGCAUUUCAUCGUGCAAACUACAGCAGAGGGUUUGUUUAGAUUCGAGGGUCCAGCAUUUCCAAGUAUAAGGGAGUUAAUUCUGUACCAGUUUAACAGUGGUCUCCCCGUGACGAGUAGGUCUGGUGCCAUUUUAUACAAACCGAUACCUCGAGAACGAUGGGAGCUCAAUAACGACGAUGUCGUCCUUUUAGAUAAAAUUGGAAGGGGUAAUUUCGGGGAUGUGUAUAGAGCGCAGUUGAAGAACAGCAAUGAGAUAGUUGCGGUUAAAACCUGCCGAGUGACGCUGCCCGAGGACCAUAAAAAGAAGUUCUUGCAGGAAGGCAGGAUACUGAAGCAGUACGAUCAUCCUAAUAUUGUUAAAUUAAUCGGGAUUUGCGUCCAGAAACAGCCCAUCAUGAUAGUUAUGGAGCUCGUACCAGGUGGAUCACUUCUGACCUUCUUGAGGAAAAAGGCAACAAAUUUAACGGAGGGGCAGCUUAUGAAGAUGUGCAUGGAUGCCGCGGCGGGGAUGCGAUAUUUGGAAUCCAAGAACUGCAUCCACCGAGAUUUGGCGGCUCGUAACUGUCUAGUAGGAUACAAUAAUGUGGUUAAAAUAUCCGAUUUUGGUAUGUCCAGGGAGGAGGAAGAGUACAUCGUGUCUGACGGGAUGAAGCAAAUUCCGAUAAAAUGGACAGCGCCCGAGGCCCUAAAUUUUGGAAAGUACACCUCACUUUGCGACAUUUGGAGCUACGGAAUACUGUGCUGGGAGAUAUUUUCGAAGGGUAGCACCCCUUACAGCGGCUUGAGCAAUUCCAAAGCCAGGGAAAAAAUCGAUAGCGGUUAUAGAAUGCCCGCUCCAGAGAAUACACCGGACGAAAUGUACCGGCUAAUGUUGAGGUGCUGGGAAUACAAGCCGGAGAACCGACCAAACUUCGAACAAAUCUAUACAGUUGUGGAAACUCUGUGUGCCGCAUACAGAGUGUCAUUCUGUUGACGUACCAACGACAACGACGACGAUGAUUGCAAGAGUCAAUUGUACCGUUUCUGUGAUGAAGUCCACGAAACGAUUGAAAACAUAGUAAAAUCGUUAGUGGUCAAAUUAUAAAAGUUGCGUAAUUGAGGCCGCUUUUUUUAAAUUUUAAUAUCAGAAUUUUUAGUGCCAUAAAAACUGUUCGUGUAACUGUUACGUGACUUUUAUAUUUUUCUUGUGCAAAAAUCCGAGGUGGGUUCAGUUCAGUGUUUUAUAUGUAUUUUUAUAUAUAUGGGGUGUUGAACGAACAAGAUUUCCUACGUUGUAACCGGCAACGUCAAACAUGCACAGUCCCUCAAUUUAAAGACGAUUCUUUUUGUUCUUUGAACUUUUCAGUGAUAUUUGGCAGCCCGGGUUGAGGUACAUGUUCGUCAUCACCGCAAACUGUAUUAACAUCAUGAAGCAACCGCUCCCUAACUUGUUUCACUCAUGAUACACUUUGAAAAAGUAUUCUGUUAUUUAUUAAAAAAGGGUAUAUACAGGGUGUUCAAUGAAAAAUUUAACGGUUAUCGAAUCCUUUCUGAAAGGCCACCCUCAUAGAGCAAGUGCGAGUGCACAGAAUUUGUGGGAAAUACAGCAGAGAUAAGAAGAAUUGAGAUCGCGCAAACUAUCAAAUCGACUGGAAGCGAAUGUGGGCCAUUGUCAACGUUGAUCGUCCGAGGUGUGGUCGCUGACUGCGGGUUUAGUUAGGCGAUUUUGGUUGCUCCACCACCUGGACUUUGAAUGGGUUGUGUGUUUGGCCCAGAAUCGAAACAUAAGUUUGAUUUCGGGGUUAUCCGUGAUAACAACAAAAUUAGUAAGAACGCAUAUUUACGCAUUAUAAAAAUGUAUAUUCAGAUACGCAACGACACAAUGUGAUGAUAUGUCGAAUGUACAACUCGACAACAUGUGCCAUACUUUAAAGCUAGCUUCCUUAGAUGAAAAUAAGAUUAUUUAAGUCAACGUCGGUUUCCUUAAGAGGGCAAGCAAAUAGGCAACCAGCAAUACAUUUUUAUAGAUUUUGUUACACAGUUUAUUUAAAAAUGAAUUAAUGCACAAAUAA